AUGCCCUCGACCCUCAAUGCGCCUGUGCUACAGGUGGAUGCCAAUUUAAUCCAUCAAGUCGACACCUCUAACCCCCAGAACCUCUUCAACCUCUGGUGCAACGCUCUGCCACAAGGAAGAAGACUAGAGAACCUCGUCUGGAGGUUAUUAAUGGAGGAGGUCCCCAACGAGACUGCACCCAACUCCGCCACUUCGCUCCCGCGCGAAAUUCAGCGCCCAGCACGCAAGUCCUCUGCCGAGGACGUCCCUAGAUUAUCUGCAAGCGUCGACUCCCUUGAGAACGACGAAGCUGUCGAGUUCUCUUCUGACUCCUCCCCGCUUGACAUCUCCCGACCACGGAUUCGACGGCAAGACUCCUGCACGAGCACCCGCAGCAGACACAUCUCUUCCGAGAACCUCGAGAAGAUGGUUUCGUCUAUUGUGGAGCAGAAGGAGUCUCUGUCUUCGCCGCUUCCCGCGUUGCCCCCCCUCCAGUCGCCACCCAAGGAGGAGCCCUUGAUGCUCCCUCCCCCGGAACUUAUCCGAUCAGGAUCAACCACUACCGAGUCUCCAAGCAAAGAUUCCGACGGCCCAUCCGAGUGCUCGUCGCCUGCAUCACCCGAUAUGCAGACCAACAAGACCACUGUUGUCCGCGGGUUUUCGCCUUCGCAGCGUCCCAUCCCCGCGGUCUUCACACCACCCAGGACGACAUCCGAAAUUCCUGCUCCCAAGUCCUCCCCAGCGGCAAAGAACGUCGAGUCUAAGAAGUCUCGGGCCAAAUUUGUCCUCGGCGGAUCAUCAGAGGAGUCCUACAGCGACCAUGGCCACAGCGUUGAGACUCGACCCACUCUUGCACCCCCAGUACCCAAGAAGAAGAUGUUCCAGAUCGGAGGCUCUUCAGAGGAGGACAGCUCGCUCAAGAGCGCGCUCGCGUCCCCACGCCAUGGCAUGUUGAGUGUGCACAAGAAGCAAACCUCGUUCGCCAACAACCUGACGACUACGAUCCCAUCCUCUUCAUCCGCCGUCAUCGAUGAGGACGAGGAGAGCUGCUAUGAUGAGAGCGCCAUUGAUGAUGACGACGAGGACUGGGAGGACUCGAACGAGGAGGAGAGCAGCAAGAACAGUGUGGAUGAGAAGACGUUCUUCCAGCGAGUCGACUCGAAUGCCAACCUGACCUCGCGUCGAUCUCUCAUCACCUUGGGCCUCGAGUCAAACCAGCGUCGUGGUCCCGCACCUCACCUCGGUAACAUCGCCUCGCAGUCGACUUCGGCUAUCCCACAGCGUGCACGAAACAACUACAACGGCCCUGCCAUGGUAGCGUCCCCCAACGACUCUGACGAUGCGCCUCUAAUGAUGAAGCGAAAGCCCCGUGGUGGCCCCCUGCGCUCUAUCAACGAGAUUCCCCGCUCGUCGGCUCAACCCAUUGCCCCUACCAGCAACGGUGUCAGCCAGCCCAUUGCCUUCUCCCCAAGGACGACCCGCCGCAACAUGAUGUCGACGGAGCUCACUGAGUCGCUGCGACGUCACCUCCUAUGGGAGAGGUCCCAGAAGACCUCGACUGCCAAUGCUGUGCUCAAGCGUCGCCACACAUCUCAGGACGUCGCUAACCUGAGGCAAUAUCCACAACAACCCCACAUGAACCGGGACAACAACGACAUCAAUGCCAGCAGCUGGGACCAGGACUUUACUCGGGAGGCCUUCGCCGGAUACCACACCAAGGGCUGGUAA